CCACAAACCCUACACCUUUCUCUCGGCUCUCUGACUAGUUGUCAGGGUGUCCAGCUAGCUUCCCCCGCUAUUUCGUUCCUCGUCCCUUAGGUCGAUAGCAGCCAUGUCUGACGAGGAGCACCACUUCGAGUCCACCGAUGCUGGCGCAUCCAAGACGUUCCCGCAACAGGCUGGAGCUAUUCGCAAGGGCGGACAUCUUGUAAUCAAGGGACGGCCUACCAAGGUUGUGGAGGUUUCCACCUCUAAGACUGGGAAGCACGGUCACGCCAAGUGCCAUUUCGUCGCGAUUGAUAUAUUUACCAAUAAGAAGCUGGAAGAUAUCGUGCCGUCUUCUCACAACUGCGACGUUCCAGAAGUGGUGCGUACCGACUAUCAACUCAUCGAUAUUUCGGAGGAUGGCUUCGUAUCCCUUCUGACCGAGUCGGGUGACACGAAGGACGAUCUUCGUCUUCCGACCGAUGAGGCCCUCCUCUCACAGAUGAAGGAUGGUUUUGCAGAAGGCAAGGACCUUGUGGUUACUGUUAUGAGCGCUAUGGGCGAGGAGCAGAUAUGCGCUGUCAAGGAAAUUAUGGGGAAGUAGUUAUAUUUGUCUAACGUUGCAGCAUAAAAUUUCUACCAUAUGCGAGGUUCCGCGUUACGGUUUCCGAUGCCAAAGCGGGUUUGGAUAUAGAUAUUAUGAACCAAACACUGGCCUAGCAGGUAGUAGUUGAAGUAAUAAGAAAUGAUAAUACUGUAGUAAUUUGUGGCGUCCUACAAUUUGUUGCAGACAUUGCUCGAGCCCUCGCUCUACACAACGCCCUCGUGCCCUGGGAAAUACGGACUCGGUGGGCAAAGAGCCAGCCAACGCACGUCCCUAAGACGGUUUGGAAGGUAACUUUCGGGUGUAUCUGCUGGCCGUCAAUGCUGGUUGAAGCCGACACCAUCACAGGUCUACGUUACGUUUUCAAGGCACCUCAAGGCCGCAGUUCAGCAGCAGCAGCAGCAGCAGCAGCAGCAGCAGCAGCAGCAGCAGCAGCAGCAGAAAACUACUCUCGGACUUACCGCGUUCUUGUCUUGGCUUAGAGGCACCCGUAAUGGCGUCGGCUGUGCAACCGCUAAAGGGGGAUUCGGUGGCACCGUUUGCGAGCAUAGGGACUAUGGCUGCUGCAUUAUUUGAAGAAUCCGACGUCCACACCUCUCGGGUCUCUGCGUAUUCCGACCGCGUUGUUGCAGUGCGCGACGCAUUCAAACUACUUUACGGCGAAGAGCCUAUGCUGGUCUCUCGUGCACCAGGGCGUGUGAACCUCAUCGGCGAGCACAUUGACUACGAGGGCUACGCGGUGCUGCCCAUGGCCAUUCACCUCGACACCCUCGUCGCCAUCCGCUGCGUGCCGCCGACCUCGAGCGUGGCGGCUCCUGCGGGUAAGGAGGGCUCGCCUUCCCCGCCUCGCCUGCGCGUGGCCAACAUGGACCCCGCCAAGUACCCUGCCGUGGAGUUCAGCAUCGACGCCAGACAGGAAGUCGACACAAACAACCACAGCUGGGGCAACUACUUCCUCUGUGGAUACAAGGGUGUUUGGGACCACGUGCAUGAGACUGGGUGUAGAGAGCAACCAACUUCUGGGCUUGAUGUGCUUGUGGAUGGCUGCGUGCCUCUUGGGUCCGGCCUGUCCAGCUCAGCGGCCCUCGUGUGCUCGUCUGCCAUCGCUGUCAUGGCCGCCCUAGGAUUCGCCUUCCCCAAGGCGGAGAUAGCUGACCUGGCAUGUCGAUGCGAGCGGUACAUUGGCACUCAGUCUGGUGGCAUGGACCAGGCCAUUUCCAUAUUCGGAGAGCGCGGCGUGGCGCAGCUGAUAGAGUUCAACCCGGUGAGGGCGCACCCGGUUCCGCUGCCUGCCGCCGCCGUCUUCGUGAUCGCCAACUCGCUGGCCGUCUCCAAGAAGGCCGAGACUGCCGCCACCAACUACAACCGCCGUGUGGUUGAGUGCCGCCUCGCCGCCAUGGUCCUUGCAGUGCGGCUGGGCAUGGACCCCACCACGGCACGCACGUCCAUCACCACGCUGGCAGACGUGGAGGCCCUCUGUGCAGGAAGCAGUGCGGCGCCACAGCCAACACAGGAGCAUGCUGCAUUGGAGGCUGUUCGACGCUGUCUGCACGCGGACCCCUACAGCGCAUCAGAGAUCGAGGGUGUACUUGAGGCGCCCCUUGCUUCUGUCUUUGCCCACUCGCCAACGUCUCUUGCUGUCAUUGCUGCUGCCUCCACCUUCAAGCUGCAGCAGAGGGCUCUUCAUGUGUAUGCGGAAGCUCGUCGCGUCUUUGCGUUCAGGGAUGCUGCUCUCUCUACACCUCCUGACUCCGCUGCACCCCCCUCAUCACCAGUUCCCUCCGUGCUGCUGUCUCUCGGUCGCCUCAUGGAUGACAGCCAUGCCAGCUGUCGCGACCUCUAUGAGUGCAGCUCCCCCGAGCUGGAGCAGCUGGUGGCGUGCUGCAAGGCGCACGGCGCCCUUGGAGCUCGCCUCACGGGCGCUGGGUGGGGCGGGUGCGUGGUGGCGCUGCUGCUCGCACAGCAGGCAGACAGCUUCGUGGAGCAGCUUAAGGCAGACUACUACGCACCCAAGAUCUCUGCAGACACCAUCACUGCUGCCGACCUCCCCACCUGUGUCUUUGCUUCACACCCUGCAGCAGGGGCAGCCCUGCUCAAGCUGUGACCACCCACACAACGUCCCUCUCCUGAUUCGUUUAGUAGCAUGUGUUGUGGGGUUGCCCCUAACAAAUUUUGUGAAGUUUAUAUUUUGCUGCCACGUCACUGCUGGAAAACGAGUGUUGUGCAAUAGUCAUGAU